CCAUCCGGUGCCGAUACCAUUCUACCACGGCGUCGCCAAUGCGUUCGAAAAUCGCAUGUUUUGUUAUAAGGGUAUAGACAGUACCUGCUUUCUAGUCAACAGUACUAAUUUGAAAACACAAACAUAGACAUUGCAGGUGACACACUCUUAUUAAUAAUAUGGUCAAUAUAUCGACUUGACAGCGAGAGAGCUCGCAGACCGAGUCUUUACAGGCAAGGGAGCGUGCUCCAUCGAGUAUUAAUCAAACGUUUGCCGACAUGCCUACUAGCAAGGAUUCGCGACAAAGAUGGUGGAGCCUCGCAGCAUGCCUUGCGGGCCUAUUUAUUCUGGCGGGGUCUUUUCAUGCGCAGAAAAGAGGAAAGUGUUUCGGGGAAGCGGCAUUUACGCGUAAACACCAAGGUAAGGCACUAGAUAAUCACGUGAUAGCACAACAUUACGUCACGGAGUCAUCCAAGUGCGCCUUCAAAUGCUUGGGUAGUGCCCAAUGCUCCUCGUUCAAUUACAAGAAUCUAUUAGCGACGUGCGAGCUAAGUGACGUCACUGCCUCUGCGGCGCCCGUCUCUGAUCUGGUUCUUGACUCAGAAAGCGACUACUACGAAGCUCUUGAUUAUGUUUUACCGGUUUGUGCUUCGUCUCCCUGCUCCAAUGGCGGCACGUGUAGUAGGUCAUGUGACGGGGAUCGUGGCUAUCAGUGCGCAUGCCCGAAAGGUUUUGUGGGCGAAAACUGCAAGACGUGGAUAGGUCAUGAUGGCUCAUCUUCCGAGUUCCCCGGCAGAUCAUGUUUGACUAUAAGAAACUAUGAACAUUCCCGGGGUGACGGGAUUUACUGGAUUCAACCAACUCCAGCUGUAGAACCCUUCACCGUGUAUUGUGAUAUGACCACUGAUGGAGGUGGCUGGACGACGAUCAAGAAACUGGAGAUCAACAGCAUCCCCGUAUCAAGUAAUUACGAGACCACACAUAAUUACAGCAUAAUCUCCGAAUAUAGCAACAUGGAAAACGUUCUAUACACCACUGGGAUGGAGUUGUUAAAGAGAGACAUAGGGUUUGACCAGAUGCGCUUCUAUUGCUACAAGGGCUCGGUCGGCAGGGUGGUCCACAUCAUGACCAAGAGGGAGGGGCUCGGCUUCGACGUCAUCAGGUAUCUCAUUGAGAAUCCGGAUCCUCAUCCCCCAGCAUGCAAUUCGUUCACUCGGCUAUCAGACGAAACGUCCGUGUUGUCCCGACGAUGCGCCGAGUGGGGGAACCUGUGUGAUGGGGCCACCAACUGCGACCAGUGGGGGAAUACUGACUUCCAUGGCGCUUUGAGAUACCUGCAUCGAGUGGGAUAUUACAUCAGCCGAGGCACAGGACAGGUUUACACUAUUGGCUUCUAUGUAUUGAAAUUCUUUUGCGAUGAUGAUAACGCUAAUACUAUCAAUGUGGGUGAUAAGUUUAUUAUAUUCGUGCGGUAAGCUAAAAAAAAGUGUUGCGUAAGGUACUGGAUCCGGGGUGGGGGGGGGGGG